AUGACUAUCCGCUCCUUCCCCUUCGUCAUCGUCGGUCUCAGUGUUCUCCAGGACAUCACAAACGUGAUGGGUAACACCACCGAGUGCGAUGCCGAGUGUGCCGCCACCUAUCCCGGGUCGUAUUGUAAAUACUGGGAGACCCCCAGCAGGUGCUUUGGCUCCAACGUCCCUUGUUCCUGCGGGUCGGGUGGAACAACUGAAGCCCCCCGUAAUUGUGAUGCUGGUUGUGCCUCGGAUACUCCUGGCUCCUACUGCAAGUACUGGGCUACACCAAGCACCUGUCAUUCAUCCAAUGCGCCAUGCACUUGCGAGGUUGCUCCAGUUACCACUACUCCAAGUGAAGCCACCGAUGAAGUCACUGAGACUACCACAAUUCAGGACGGCACAACUGCCGCCCCCGAAGAAACCAAUACGGCCACUUCUGUUGCUGUCGACACUACCGGAACUGUAACUACAACCGAUGCGGCUGAUGUUACUACCGACGCUCCUGUCGAGCCUACCACUGUUGCACAAACGACCAGCGCAGCAGCUCCCUCGGAA